UUCUCAUUUCAUUUCAGUGGUGAUAAAGACUGGUCACGACAAUGUUGUUUCAAACUUUGUUCGUUAUUUCUUUAAGCUUCUUCGUAAAUGCUGAAGAGGUACAUAAAAAACUGUGCCCCAAUGUGGGGUCACACGAAUGUGUCGUUCACAGUGUAAACGUAGAACCUUGUCCCCACGGACCAAGGUUCUGUUCCUUCAUUUUGGACAAGAGGUACAGCGCCACAGUCGACUUCACUCCAUAUUUUUCAGCCCACAACCUGAUGGUGUCCGUGUCCACGCACCCUCAGGAGACGGUAACCUUCACCGAGCGUAUCUACAAGAACGCCUGCCAAAGACUCCUCACCUGCCCUCUAGAAGCUCACAUCAGACAAUCAUUUGAUAUACCCCUGAACUUCGAUCAACCCACGUUGCCUAAUCAAAGUAAAUUCCCUGUUCAAGUGAAGUUGUGGAACGCUGAUGACACUUCUCAAUUCUGUUGUUUCACAUUCAAGGCGAAAAUCAAGUGAAAUUAUAUAUUAUUUUACUAUAUAGAUAUUUGAUUAUAUGUUAAAUAGACCAGUUUUUAAAUACAUACACACCUCCCAGACAAAGGUACUGUAUUCUGAUAAAAUUAGUAAUGAAGCAAAUUGUCUUAGAAUUAUAUCUAUACAUAUUAAAUAUUAAGAAAUACAAACAUAAAUAAAAAAAACACUAAUAUGUUUUUUUUAACACCAUUUGACUCUGUGUAUCGGAUUACGAUAGGUCAUGAGUUCAAGUCCCAUCUCAGAGUGUUCAGGGGCAUCUCAGGGGCUAAGUGGAAAUUUUUAAGCAUUUUUUAUUAAGAACAUUAUUUCUCAAUCAGAAUUUUGUUUCAGUUUAUUGACAAAGAUCACUGUCUUCUAUCUGCUUCUAUGCUCGGUCGUAUCAUCGUAUCGCACUU